AUGGAUUUGAAUUAUAGAACUUAUCAACAAGUUCUUAAUAUUGCAGUUAAACCUACCACAACUCAAAAUCAAAAUGUUUCAACUAUAAAAAAAUUAAACUCAAGUAAAAAAAUCACAAAACCAACUAAAAUAAGGAAGGAUGAAAGUCAAAUUAAGAGAAGAACUAAAACAGGUUGUUUUACUUGUAGAAAAAGGAAGAAAAAAUGUGAUGAAGAUAAAGUAAAUGGUAAAUGUCAAGCCUGUACUAGAAAUUUCUUAGAUUGUUGUUGGCCAGAACCUGUUACGAAGAAAGAAACACAACCAAAGGAAUUAAAAGAAUUUAAAGAAAUAAAGUCAUGCACAAAUAUAGAACCUACCACAAUAACUAGAUCAACAAAAUGUGAUAUAAAUUCAUUAUUAGCAUCACCCAUCAAUCAACAAAUAUCACCAAUAACAAGUAAGAGAGAAUUACUACAACAACAAAUCACUCCUGAACCUGAACCACAACAAAUUAAUCCAUAUCCAAGUCCUAUUCAAUCACCAGUUUCUACAUUUAGUCAUCCAAAUAGUCCAACCAACAAUAUAAGUUAUAUGAAUUUGCCUCCAUUAAAUUUCAACUACAAGUUACACGCGAAAGAUAGUAAUGUACGAGGUUCAAAAGAAGAAAAUAUUGAAGAAUCAAAAUUUCAAAUUAAUUUGGGAACUCAAAUCACAAGUAACAACAACAAUUCACAAGUAAAUUCAGUACGACCAGUUGAAAACAAAACAAGGUUUAUAAUUUCAAGUUUUAAUUCUCGAAAAGCUUUAUGUGACAUUAAAAAUUAA